AUGAAGCAGGACAAAAUGAACGUGCUACGAUACCAUAACGGAAAACUGCUGAUCCUCAGGUGCAUGGGUGUUUAUUUUGACCCUUUGCCAUCUGCAUCAGAGGAGAAAUUGCAGGAACCCUGCAAAGGUCGUUCACUGCCCCAUGAAGAAUCUUCACUGGUUGUGAAUAAAGGGGAGGAAUUAAGGCUGAAGUGCAACAAGGAUGGACCCGUGACUUGGAAUUUCCAGAAUUCGGACCCAUCAGCAAAAGCAAGGAGUUCCAAUGAGAAAGAGUGGUACACCAAAAAUGCAACAGUCAGAGACAUAGGCAGAUACAUAUGCAAAAGCAAAGGGAGUAUUGUCACCUCUUUUUAUGUUUUUGUUAAAGAUCCAAACGUGCUCUUCCUUGUUGAUUCUCUCAUCUAUGGAAAAGAAGACAGUGACAUCCUGCUAGUGUGCCCACUAACAGAUCCAGAUGUUUCAAAUUUCACACUGAGAAAAUGCGAUGGCAAACCUCUCCCCAAAAAUAUGACAUUCAUUCCCAAUCCCCAGAAAGGCAUCAUUAUAAAGAACGUACAGAGGUCAUUUAAGGGGUGCUACCAGUGCUUGGCCAAGCACAACGGAGUUGAGAAAAUAUCGGAGCACAUUUUCCUGAAUGUGAGGCCAGUUCACAAAACUCUUCCUGUCAUCACCUUAUCCAAAAGCUAUGAGCUUCUCAAAGAAGGGGAAGAAUUUGAAGUUACAUGCAUAAUCACGGAUGUGGAUAGCAGCGUACAAGCUAGUUGGAUUUCUCAGAAAAGUGGGAUUGUUACAAGCAAAAGCAGAAAUUUGGGUGAUUAUGGAUACGAAAGGAAAUUAACAUUGAACAUCCGUUCAGUGGGAGUUAAUGAUUCUGGAGAAUUCACAUGCCAAGCAGAAAACCCUUUUGGAAAAACCAAUGCCACAGUAACCUUGAAAGCACUAGCUAAAGGAUUUGUCCGUUUGUUUGCAACAAUGAAUACCACAAUAGAUAUAAAUGCAGGACAAAAUGGAAAUUUAACAGUUGAAUAUGAGGCAUAUCCAAAACCGAAGGAAGAAGUCUGGAUGUACAUGAACGAAACAUUGCAGAAUUCAUCAGACCAUUACGUCAAGUUCAAGACUGUGGGCAAUAACAGUUAUACAAGUGAACUUCACCUUACCCGAUUAAAAGGAACAGAAGGAGGCAUUUACACAUUUUUUGUGUCCAAUUCUGAUGCCAGCUCCUCUGUAACAUUUAAUGUCUAUGUGAAAACGAAACCAGAGAUUCUCACUCUGGAUAUACUUAGCAAUGGUAUUCUCCAGUGCGUAGCAGCUGGAUUCCCAGCCCCUACCAUAUACUGGUAUUUUUCCCCGGGAACGGAGCAGAGGUGUUUUGAUUCACCAACAAUAUCCCCCAUGGAUGUCAAAAUCAGUUACACAAAUUCAUCAGUGCCGUCAUUUGAACGAAUCCUGGUUGAAAGCACCAUUAACGCAAGCAUGUUCAGGAGCACCGGCACCGUGUGCUGCGAGGCCUCCAGCAAUGGGGACAGGAGCUCUGCUUUCUUCAACUUUGCUAUUAAAGAACAAAUCCGUACCCAUACCCUUUUCACCCCUUUACUAAUCGCAUUUGGAGUUGCUGCAGGACUGAUGUGCAUCGUAGUCAUGAUCCUGGUGUACAUAUAUUUGCAGAAACCCAAAUACGAAGUUCAGUGGAAAGUUGUUGAAGAAAUAAAUGGAAACAACUAUGUUUACAUAGACCCAACGCAACUUCCUUAUGAUCACAAAUGGGAAUUUCCUAGAAACCGGUUGAGUUUUGGUAAAACCCUUGGUGCUGGAGCUUUUGGAAAAGUUGUUGAAGCCACUGCUUAUGGUUUAUUUAAAUCUGAUGCUGCUAUGACAGUAGCAGUAAAGAUGUUGAAACCAAGUGCCCAUUUAACAGAAAGAGAAGCCUUGAUGUCAGAGCUUAAAGUGCUGAGUUACCUUGGAAACCACAUUAAUAUCGUGAAUCUGCUUGGAGCUUGCACUAUUGGAGGGCCCACUCUGGUCAUUACAGAAUAUUGCUGCUAUGGUGAUCUUUUAAAUUUUCUGAGACGGAAACGAGAUUCAUUUAUCUGUCCAAAACAUGAAGAACAUGCAGAAACAGCAGUUUACGAGAACCUUUUGCAUCAGGCAGAGCCUGCGGCCGAUGUUGCCAGUGAGUACAUGGACAUGAAACCAGGAGUGUCAUAUGCAGUCCCACCAAAAGCUGAUAAAAAACGACCAGUGAAGUCUGGAUCCUACACCGAUCAGGAUGUUACCCUUUCUAUGUUGGAAGAUGAUGAACUUGCUCUAGAUGUCGAAGAUCUACUAAGCUUUUCUUACCAGGUGGCAAAGGGCAUGAGCUUCCUUGCCUCCAAAAACUGCAUUCAUCGGGAUCUGGCCGCAAGAAAUAUUCUUCUAACUCAUGGUCGGAUAACAAAAAUCUGUGACUUUGGCCUGGCAAGAGACAUAAGGAAUGACUCAAAUUAUGUGGUCAAAGGAAACGCUCGUCUUCCUGUGAAGUGGAUGGCACCUGAAAGUAUUUUCAAUUGCGUCUACACCUUUGAGAGUGAUGUCUGGUCUUACGGGAUAUUGCUUUGGGAGCUCUUUUCUUUAGGAAGCAGCCCCUAUCCAGGGAUGCCCGUGGACUCCAAGUUCUAUAAAAUGAUCAAGGAGGGAUACAGGAUGUUCAGCCCUGAGUGUGCACCGCCUGAAAUGUAUGACAUAAUGAAGAGUUGCUGGGAUGCUGAUCCUUUACAGAGACCCACAUUUAAACAAAUUGUACAGCUGAUAGAGCAGCAGCUUUCAGAUAAUGCCCCCCGGGUUUAUGCAAACUUCUCAACUCCACUUUCCAGUCAAGGAAAUGCUCCAGAUCACUCGGUGAGGAUUAACUCGGUGGGUAGCAGUGCUUCAUCUACUCAGCCUCUCCUGGUACGCGAAGACGUUUGAGUGGCGUCUGGAAGAAGAGGAGCCCAGAUGUAUUAGCUGUUUGUAUUGUGCAGGGGGUGAGAGAGGGAUGACUUCAAUAAUUUCUCUUACUUUUACUCACUACUACCACCGUGUAGCUGAAACGUUGUUGUAAUACUGUCCUUUACCACACACUGUUACACAUAGGCUUAAUCUGCUGAGCACGGUUACAGGCAUCAUUGCAAUGUUAACUGAAGCUGUAUAUAUUUUGCUAUAUUGUGUGUAUUUGCAGUAGAGAGCCAGAUCUGAAGAAAAAAAACAACCAACAAAAGAAAUCCUGAGCCAGGGUGUGGAAUGAGAUGACUGCAGAUCAGACCACAUCUGCAGUGAUCCUUCUCUGGAUCUGUGCCUAGAAGGCAUACAGUCAUUUUUCUAGUUGAUCUUGUUUUGCUGAAUUUAAGAAAUAAAUGAAUA